GUGGUACGUAGUUCCUUGUUUGUGUGAGACAUCCUUAUUUUUUCCAGGUUUUUUUUUUCUUCGUUCUGUCAGACGUAAUUCUCGUUUCCUUCCGGCGGAUAUCGGACUCGGGUCCUUUCUCUCUCUACACACUCCGCUUCUCUCUUUCUCUCUCUAGAGCUCUAAUGGAGUCUCUGAAAUUCAGUAGCUUAAUCCCAUGCAAAUCGUCGUCCUUAAUUCCGGUUCCAACUAAGUUCACGAACCACCAGGCGAUUGGGCAACUGGGUUUUGCUCCCCUGUGGAAAAGACGGUGCAGAAGAGUCGGUCUGCGGCUCAGAGCGUCGGUUGCCGGCGGAACUGGCGGCGGCGAGCAGGACGGCGCUUCUGCGGUCGAAGACCAGCAGAAGGACGAAAAGCGUGCUUUUUUGGGCGCCGAGAGAGACGAUUCCGGCGCCUUUCUUGGGUUUAACUUGGUUCCUCCCAACGGUGAAACCAAAGUCAGUGACUCGCCCGAAGAUGUUAGUUCUGUUGGAAUGGAAGAAUCAGUGGAAAUAGAUGGCAAAGAAACGUCCAAAGCAAGUGUAACACACAAUGUUGUGUUUGUUACUGCCGAAGCUGCGCCUUAUUCUAAGACGGGAGGCUUAGGAGAUGUCUGUGGUUCUUUGCCUAUUGUUCUAGCGGCACGUGGACACCGUGUUAUGGUUGUUUCUCCUAGGUACCAAAACGGUACUGCUGCAGACCAGAAAUAUUCUGGUGCUGUUGAUUUGGAAACAAGCAUCAAGGCUUAUUGCUUUGGUGGAGAGCAAGAAGUUUCUUUCUUCCAUGAAUAUAGGGCAGGUGUUGAUUGGGUAUUCGUGGACCACCCGUCAUACCACAGACCUGGAAAUCCAUACGGCGACAGUUUUGGUGCAUUUGGUGACAAUCAGUUUCGGUUCACUUUACUUUGCCAUGCAGCGUGUGAAGCACCAUUAGUGCUUCCACUGGGAGGGUUCAUCUAUGGCGAGAAAAGCCUGUUCAUGGUCAAUGACUGGCAUGCCGGCCUUGUGCCACUGCUUUUGGCUGCCAAUUAUCGUCCAUAUGGGGUUUAUAAGGACGCACGAAGUGUUCUUGUAAUUCAUAACCUUGCACAUCAGGGAGUGGAACCGGGAGUAACAUACAAGAAUUUGGGACUACCUGCAGAGUGGUAUGGAGCACUGGAAUGGGUGUUUCCAACAUGGGCAAGGACCCAUGCUCUUGACACAGGUGAAGCAGUCAACAUCCUGAAGGGUGCAAUUGUGACAUGUGAUCGGAUUCUGACAGUCAGCGAGGGCUACUCCUGGGAAAUAACAACUGUUGAAGGUGGAUAUGGUCUAAAUGAGCUACUAAGCAGUAGAAAGAGUGUUCUCACUGGAAUAACGAAUGGUGUUGAUGUGGUUGAAUGGAACCCAUCUACUGAUCUACACAUUGCUUCCCGCUAUUCUGCUGAUGAUCUUUCCGGAAAGGUUCAGUGCAAGCUUGCUUUGCAGAAGGAAUUAGAUCUUCCCAUUAGGCCGGAUUGCCCAUUGAUUGGAUUCAUUGGCCGACUGGACCACCAGAAAGGUAUUGACCUGAUUCAGUUAGGAAUGCCACAGCUUAUGGAAGAUGACGUGCAAUUUGUUAUGCUGGGGUCUGGGGAUCCACAGUGUGAAGAUUGGAUGAGAGCAACAGAAGCAACUUAUAAAGAUAAAUUCCGGGGUUGGGUUGGAUUUAACGUCCCAGUUUCUCAUAGAAUAACCGCAGGCUGCGACAUACUCUUGAUGCCGUCAAGAUUUGAGCCCUGUGGACUUAAUCAACUGUAUGCAAUGAGAUAUGGAACUGUACCAGUGGUUCAUAGCACAGGAGGACUUAGAGAUACAGUAAUGAAUUUCAAUCCAUAUGCUAAAGGAGGCCAAGGUGACGGGACAGGGUGGACUUUUUCUCCAUUGACGAAGGAGAGUAUGCUGGCGGCACUAAGACUUGCUUGUAGGACUUUCACAGAGUACAAGCCUUCCUGGGAGGGAUUGAUGAAGAGAUGCAUGGAGAGGGACUUCACAUGGGAAAGCGCUGCAAUCAAGUACGAGCAGGUCUUCGAAUGGGCGUUUAUCGAUCCACCCUACGUCAAGUAAACGUCUCGAACAGAAAAGAACACCCGAGAGAUGAAGAACAACGUCCAAAAAAUUUCACGGUUCAGUUCUAUUUAUUAUCCGUCGGCUGAGAGAUCAAACACGCUACAGCAGAGAAGGUUUUCGUUUCGUGUUCAUUGUUUUCGGUUGUCGACACGGUAGGUAUAUACAGGAGCAAAACUAUGUAGUUCUGAAUCGUUUUAGUGAGUGCAAAUUAAUAAGCAUCCUGCAGUUUCACUCCCCAUUACAUAAGAUAAUUAAGAGCAAUCUCAACCUUUUAAACCUUAAUUAGUAGACAUUUU